CAAGCCUUAUAAAACGGACAUCCCAAUGUCUCUCCCCUUCCACUCAAACAAACAAACAUAAAUCUUCAAUAACACACCAGUUUGCUUUGCUACUAGUAGUAGUAGUAGUACUAGUACUAGUAGUUAUACUACUACAAGAUUCAGAGUUCCCAAAUGAAGGAGUUGUGGACUUCUAUGGGCUUUCUAAUGGGCAUCUUCGCCUUAGCCCAGAGCAUCCUCCACUCCUUCCUCCCUCCCGAGUUCCGUUUGUCCCCGGACAAGCUCUCCCGUCGCCUCUUCCGCUACUUCUCCUCCUACUGCUACUACGAUAUCACCGAGCUCGACGGCGUCAGCCCCAACGAGCUCUACAACGCCGUCCAGCUUUAUCUCAGCAACACCGCCUCUGUCUCCGCCACCCGUGUCUCCCUCACCCGUCCUCCCAACUCCUCCACCUUCACUUUCAACCUCUCCAACAACGACUACCUUCAUGAUACCUUCAAUGGCGCCGCUGUCUCUUGGGAACACCAUGUCACCCAACGCCAGUCCCAGAGCUUUUCCUGGCGCCCCGUCUCCGACGAGAAACGCGGCUUCACUCUCAAAAUCAACAAGAAAGACAAGCCCUUUAUUAUACCCGCUUACUUCAACUACAUCAUGGACAGCGCCGCCGAGCUCCGCCGUAAAAACAAAGACCGUCUUCUCUACACCAACUCGCGCGGCGGUGGUUCGAUUGAUUCAGGUGGCCGGGGUUGGGAGUCAGUCCCGUUCAAACACCCCAGCACGUUUGAGACUCUCGCCAUGGACCCUGCUUUGAAGGAUGAAAUCAUUGCCGACUUGCGCGAGUUCUCAGAGGGUAAAGCCUUCUAUGAGAGAACUGGGCGCGCAUGGAAGCGUGGGUACUUGCUUCACGGCCCGCCCGGCACCGGCAAGUCGAGCAUGAUCGCCGCCAUGGCCAACCAUCUCGGAUACGACAUCUACGACCUUGAGCUCACCGAAGUACAGACCAACUCCAACCUCCGUAAGCUCCUCAUGAAGACCACCUCCAAAUCCAUCAUUGUUAUUGAAGACAUUGAUUGUUCUCUUGAGCUCACGAACAGAAGUUCUGGGGAGAAGAAGGAGAAGCCGCCGGCGCAGAAACCGUUGCCGUCAGGGGCGGCGGAGAGCGGGGAGGAAGCUCAGGUGAGGUCGGUGACGCUUUCGGGGUUGCUAAACUUUACUGAUGGGCUUUGGUCGUGUUGUGGGAGUGAGAGGAUCUUCGUGUUCACGACGAACCAUGCAGAGAGGCUUGACCCGGCGUUGUUGAGAUCAGGGAGGAUGGACAUGCAUAUCUUUAUGGGUUAUUGUUCGUUUCCGGCGUUGAAGAUUCUGGUAAAGAAUUACUUGGGAGAGAGAGAAGAGGAGGAGGAAGAGGAGGAGAGAGUGUGGAUGGAGUUGGAGGAGGUGAUUGUGAAGGUGGAGAUAACGCCGGCGGAUGUGAGUGAGGUUUUGAUAAAGAACCGGCGGCGAGGGAGGAGAGUGGCGUUGGAAGAGUUGGUGAAGGUAGUGAAGGGAAGAGUGGAGGAGAGGAAGGUGGUGGAUGGUGGUGAGGAAGUGGUGGAAGAGGAGAAGAGGGCUUUGGAGAGUCCAAAGGACGAUGGUGAUGGUGGAACUGAAAUGAACGUGGAUGAUGAUGCCAAGGAAGGGAAAGAGUUGACUGUUUGAUUUAUAUAUAAAUAUUGCUUGGAUUGAAUGCUAAGGAAUGUUUGUUUCAUGGAGUUAUUGAAUAAUUUGAAUGAUGUAGUUGUGUCUUAAUUAAGAGAUGAUA